AUGCUGAAAAGGUCAAGAACAGGCUCCUGGAUGCCCGCCUGGGUUCCAGAGUCAACAACUAUCGUCGCGGUUCUGCUUCUCCUCUGCUCCAUGUCCCAGACUACCACUAAUGGUUGCGACGGCACCAUGCUCAACGGCUUCAACAUUCUGCCGUCGUAUAACAACUACUUCAAACUGACUAAUGCCACGAAGGGUCUCAACACCGCUUCUAUAUUUAUCGGUGGCUUUUUUGGCCUUUUCUGGUCCGGGAUGAUAGCUGACCGCCUUGGCAGGCGCCUUGCUAUUUUCUGGGGCUCAUUGGUUACCAUUGUCGGCAUCAUUCUGCAGACCGCCGCGCAGCACAUCGCCAUGUUUGUCAUCGCGAGGGUUGUUCUCGGCUGGGGAUUUGCCAUUAGCGGUGUCGCUAGUGCGGUCUAUCUCUCCGAGACUUUCCCAACCCGCUGGAGAGCCUGGGGCGUUGGGUUGCUGAAUAACACUUAUUACAUAGGCGCCUUCUUUGCUGCCCUGGUAACGCUUGGAAGCAGCCAUUUGGAGUCGACAUGGGCGUGGCGCACGCCAUCUUUGUUCCAGGCGAGCUUUUCCGUUUUUAGCAUCAUGCUCCUACCGUUUCUUCCUGAGUCUCCUAGGUGGCUUAUUGCGCAAGGUCUGUACGAAGAGGCGCGUAUAGCUGUUGCGCAAACAAAUUCCAACGGAAAUAUUACGGACCCGGUGUCCACAGCAGUAUACAAGCAAAUCGUCGAUACAAUUGAAUGGGAAAAGAAGCAAGGCCGGACCAUGAGUAUCAAGGAAAUAUUCAAAACACCAACAUCUCGCAAGCGCGCUCUUAUUGGGGGCUCUGUGGGCCCUUUCUCGUGCAUUGCAGGCAAUAUCAUUGCGUCCUACUAUCUGGGAGCCGAACUUGAAACUGCAGGCAUUACCGACUCCAAUUCCCAGCUGAAGGCGGUAAGUAUUUCCCCGCUAGCAAACGUCGUAUUGAACGUGUGGUGCUUCUUUUGCUCUCUCAUCGGUACUCAGCUCUCAGCAUCAUGGGGUCGAAAGCCUACAGCCUUACUGUCUCAGGGACUUCUCAUAAUCUGUCUGUUUAUUAUCGGCGGCUUGGCUAAAUUGAACGCGGACAACCCUUCUGGUGCGUCUCAGAGCCUAAUAUAUGGUAAUGUUGCGGUUAUGUUCUUGUUUCAAGGAUUCUAUUCCAUUGCAUGGACACCGCUGCUCUAUCUUUACCCCCCGGAAGUUAUGAACUAUGCAAUUAGAGCGAACGGCCUUGCAUUGUCAACUCUUGGAUUGAAUGGUCUUGCGGUAUUUCUAGUGUUUCUCAUGCCAAUCGGUAUCGGGAACAUUGGGUGGAAGAUGUACAUGAUCAACGGCGGAUGGGACAUUAUCACGUUUAUCAUCAUUGCUGUAUUCUGGGUCGAGACCAAGGGCAAGAGCUUGGAGGAAAUUGACGCUCUCUUCGGGGAGAAACACUCUACUAUCAAUAAUGUAGAGGAAGUGCGCAAGGGCAUAGAAAAGGUGGAUGUCGGCCAAGUCGAUCAACAAUUACAAGAGGAGAUCGAAACUAAGAACGUAUAACAGGAUAUAUAGAGUAAAAGUUAUUAGUCAUGGAGUUUUAUACUUCGAAGUUGUUCUCGUAGACAGGAAGAUAUUAGAG